UCUCUCUCUCUCUUCCUUAUCCCCACCACUCUCCUUCCCUCACUUCACUCUCUUCUCUCUUUCCUCUCAUCAGGAAAGCACACAAACACAACAACAGCAGCAGCAGCAGCUGCAGCACACCACCAUCCCUCACCCUCUAUUUGAACCCCACGAACCCAGAAACGGCGAGGGACUCUUCCCCAGUUUUCCAGCGAGACCCGUGAGUUUGCAGGCAUUUUCCGGCCAUCUUCGGCCACCUUUUGGCUUACAAAUAGUCUACAGUGUUUUAAGCAGAUCGCCAAAAGCUUGAAGAUGAACAACCAAAUUAGCAGUGCGGGGCUUGAACUAGCAAAUGUGCUGGUGACUUCUCCUCCCCUGCACCAGUCAUGGGACGCGGUUCGGAAGCAAAAGCCCCAGACAGCUGAUGAUCCGAAUGCACAAAUGGCCUUGUACAUUAGUGAAACGAAGCACUCAAACACCACCAUCAUAUCUUUUCUUACUUCACCAGUUAAGGUUCAAGAUCCACAAGCGAUGAUUUCAUCGACGACUCUCAAGGACACAAAUUUUCUCCUCUUCGAGUUUUUGUGCAGCAAAAAAACACCAAGUUUCUCCGUCAAUGAAUUGGCAAUCAAAUUCUUCGCCUUGAAUCACACCAACCUCGAUCUUCUGCGAACAAAGCUGGUAGAAAGCAGCAAUUCCAACUCAUCGAUACUUCUCACUGGACAUUCUUUUGGAGGCUGUGUAGCUAGCCUUUUCACCUUAUGGCUGCUACAAAGCCUCAACUUGUCGAAAGCGAAGCGUCCCCUUUGCAUCACUUUCGGUUCACCCUUGACCGGUGACGAACAACUCCGACAAUGUGUGUUGCAAUUCUCAACAUGGAGUUCUUGCUUCUUGAAUGUAGCCUCUAUCAACGAUCCUGUACCUAAAGCCUUCCUAACCGCUUCGCAAGCGAGUGAUUACAAGCCUUUCGGAACAUUCCUAUUGUGCUCCGCAUCGGGUGGUUCUUGCUUUGAGGACCCUGAUGCCAUUUUGCAACUGUUGGUGGAAACCAGCUCUCAGAGUGCUCAAAUUCAAGGUCCGAAUUUGGGGUUUCAGUAUUUCGAUUACGGACAGCUUUUGAGUGAUCUCAAGCUGAAGGCAUUUUCUAGAGAUGUCUUUGAGUUGGUUGAAGAGGAUACAGUUCCACUUAAAGCUGGAAUUAAAACACAACUGGCAGCAAUAUUUGGAGUUAAUAGCUCACAGUCAUUGCAGCAGCAACAACCCGACAUAAAUUUCGGCAACCUGAUGCAAAAGAUGGAAACUCAAGAACGUAACUAUGCGAUUGAGAAGACGCAGGUUUACAGUUCUUUCUGGAAAUUGAAUGAGAUUAAAAAGUACAUGGUCUACAUGGAAGGGUACAAGAAAGAGUCCAAAGAGAUGGGAAUUGGAUACUAUGACAGGUACAGAAACAAGCGUUGCUCGGGUGACAUUAAUGCCGAAGAGUACAAGAAGAAGCUCUCGAAUUACUGGGAGGACACGGUUGCAGAAGUUGAGAGCAAUCCCCAGAAAGAAGGAGCCGCAAUGCGUACUCGUUUCCUAUUUGGUGGAACGAAUUACAGAAGGAUGAUCGAACCGCUUCACAUUGCAGAGUACUACAAGGAAGGUGGAAAAGAUUACAUAAAGGAAAGGCCUCGGCAUUUCGUUCUGUUGGAGCAAUGGUUCAAUGAAGACGUGGAAAAGAAGAAGGCAGAGAGAGAGCAGAAAGAAAGGGAGAACCCCCAACUGCGUAGCGAAACCAAAUCGAACUCAAAAGCGAAGAAUGUGGCUUCAAGUCUGAAUGAUGAUUCUUGUUUUUGGGUGCAUGUCGAGGAAGCGCAUAUCUUAUGCAAUGAACAAGCGAGUAAUCCAAAUGCCAAGCAAAUGCUGAUCGAAUUUGAGCAGUACGUGCUGAAUAAUCUCGAGAAGUUUGCAGUGACGCCUGAUAUUUUCUUGGCCCAAAGCAGCUACAUGCAAUGGUGGAACGAGUACGAAAAAAGGGUGGGAAAUGACUAUUCCUCACCACUCGCCGAGGUCAUGAAGCGUCACACUUAUACCAAGUAUGCGGAGGGCGUCUCGGUUCUUGCUGAUAUAUAAUCCAAGAUAAUUAAGUUUUAAGCAAGUAAUUAAAUCAGAUAAAGCAAGAUUAGUUUAUGUUGUAUUGCUCAUGAUCUUCAUAGAGAAGGAUAUGCGGUACUUGCAGGGCUUGUUGGUGCUACUACUUUCUAAUAUUUUUGUUUGUGGUUUCA